GGUGCUGUUUCUCCAGUGUCAUGUUUUUUGUUCUUGAGCGUGAUCACGAUAAUGGCUGCCACCCGACGUGACGGGAGAGCGUUAGCCGCCAGUGAGCUAAGCGGCUGCUAACGGAGCUGUGAGCCGUGCCAGAUGAGCCGAGGACGCGGCGACCAAAGGCGGCGCACUUCCAGCCCCCCAUGGCGGCGUACGACGAGAACAUCGCCAAGAACCCGUUCUUCGUGGCCCUGGAAAAGCUCAGGCCGGACCUGUGCGACCGCGUGGCCCAGCUGCACGGCAUCGUUCUGGUUCCGUGCUGUGGAAGUCUAGAUGGCAUUAUGGUGUCGGAACUUCACUUUGACAGCUACGUGCUUCAGCCUGUGGAGGACGGAUACCGGACAGCAGAUGGAAGGGAGGUCCGGAUCCAGGACAGGCAGAUCCUGUUGGGGUCCCGCCCGCCGCCCCUGGUGUCGGUCCCCAUCCUGUUUGAGGAAACCUUCUACAACGCGAGGGAGGAGAGCUACAGCAUCCUGUGCAUCUCCGGGCCCGUGGAAGCGGCCGAGCAGGGACCGGCGGUGGCGACGGGGGCGCCGGCGAGGGCGCCAGAGGCGGUUUACCACCUCAGGAACUUGGAAGAGGUCAAGGAGUUCCUGGGCCCCCACUGCCACAAGCUGGACAAAGUCAUCGUCAACUUCUGCCAGGCCUUCAACGAGCACGACAGGAAGGGACUCAGGCACCACAUAGACUCGGCCCACGGCCUGUACACGCGGUGUCUUCAGUGUGUGCUGCGAGACGCUCGCCCGAAGGUCCUGGCCAAGCAGGAGGUCCAAAUGAGUCUACUGAAACAAGCGGUGGAGGUGUACGUCCAUCACGGCAUCCACUCUCUGAUCUUCAACCUGGUGGGAACGCUGGAAGCCAGCCAGGACGCCGCCUUCAACAAGAUGACCAGGAGUCUUCACGACCUGCAGCACAAAGACGUGGGCGUCAAGGCGCACUUCAGCAUCAACUUGUCUCGCGCCAAAUGGGAGCUGAGUCAACUCAACCAGCAGACGUCGCCCCUCCUCAAGCUGCUUUGCCUGCGCAGAGCGGCUUUGACCGCCACCCGCACGCCCUCCUCCGCAGUCAGUAUAGAAGCGGUGUGCGCCGACGACCUGCUGUCCGUCAUCCUCUACCUGCUGGUCAAGAUGGAAAUCCCCAACUGGAUGGCCAACCUGAGCUACAUGAAGAACUUCUGCUUCAGUCAGUCCAGCAAAGACGAGCUGAGCUACUGCCUGAGCACCUUGGAGGCGGCCGUCGAGUUCGUCAGCCUGGGAAAGCUGCGGCGUGCGCUCUCGGGUUGCGAGGAGGUGAAGGUGAACGUGGAGCUCGCGAGCGCCUCCGCCACGCCCAUCAGCCGUUUGUUCGAGCACAUCGCGAACGGCGACGAGGCAGCGGCGGAGCGUCUGCUGAGCGAAGGCGAGAGCCGAGAGGACGCCUUGCGCCCGUGUCACCCACUCUGCGCCUGUGACCUCUGUGACCUCCGACUGUCCGGGUCAGGACUUUUGACUUGUCUCCUGCCAGAACAUACGAUACAAUUAAAGAAGCUCAACGACCCGUGCGCCGUCACGGCGCGCUCCAGAGACCAGCGAGGGUACACGCCUUUGCACGUCUCCGCCGUCUGCGGUCAGCAACUUCCAUUUGAAUCUUUUGCUGGGAUCAUUUUGAUGUGCACUUCUUACACUAACAACAUGACUGUGAACGGCCAGGCGCAGCUGAUUGACCUCCUGGUGUCCAAAGGAGCGUCAGUGAACGGCACGGAUUACCAGGCGCUCACGCCGCUGCACCUGGCCUGUCAAAAGGGACACCAGGGAGUCACGCUGCUGCUGUUGCACUACAAGGCGGACGCAGACGCUCAGGACAACAACGGCAACACGCCGCUGCAUCUGGCGUGCACCUACGGACACGAGGACUGUGUGAAGGCGCUGGUCUACUACGACUUCCAAACGUGCUGCCUGGACCUGCACAACGACAAAGGCGACACGCCGCUGCACUUGGCGUCGCGCUGGGGCUACGAGGGCAUCGUCCAAGUUAUGCUGGAGAACGGCGCCAGCGUGCACGCGCUCAACAACAGCGCGCACACGCCAGCCCACUGUGCCCUCAACUCAAAGGUGCUGACGUUGUUGCGAUCCACGCAGGAGGAGCAGCACCGCACGAACAGCGGCAGCGUUCAUGCAUCGGACCUCAGCAGUCGCCGCUCGUCGACGUCCAGCGCGUCGUCGUCGCCGGGCCGCGAGCGCCAACCCGAGAGAGCGUCGGUGCGACAUCGCCAGGUGGAGAAGCUGCUGCGGGCCGUGGCGGACGCCGACGUGCAAAUGGUGCACUACCUGUUGGAGUGGGCCGACGAAGACGAGGCGGACGCGUCGUCGGCGGCGUCGCUGUGUCACCCUCUGUGUCAGUGUGCCUCGUGCGCGCCGGCUCACAAGGCGCGUGCAGUCCCGAGCGGCGCGUUGUCCGUGACGAGCGCCAACGUGGACGGCGUGACGCCGCUCCACGUGUCCUGCAUGUACGGCCACGCGGAGCUGACGACGCUUCUCGUCCGCCGCGGCGCUGACGUCAACGCGCGCACCGACUGCAAGGCCACGCCCCUUCACCUGGCCAGCCAGAACGACCACCUGCAGGUGGUUAAAUUCCUGCUGGAGUGCAACGCCAAGCUCAACAAGAAGGAUCAGUACGGCAACACGGCCUUGAUCCACGCCUGUCUCCACGGCAACCUGGACACCGCCGCCACACUCGUACAGAGCGAGGCGCUGGUGAACGUGCGCAAUCGUCAGGGCAACACGGCGCUGCACUGCGCGGUGCGGGCGAGUCAGCGGGCGCUGGUGGAGAUGCUGCUGAGCGCCGGCGCCUCCCCGCACCUGCGCAACAAAAAGCACAGGACCCCUCUGGACACCGCGUACCAGCGAGGCGGCAAGAACGUGGAGAUUGUGCGAUCGCUGCAGAAGGCUUUGGGACUUUCCCCGGACGACGAACCCAUCAAACUUCUCUCCGUGCCCAAAGGAACUCUGGCUCACUCCUUCGUGCAGCGUCUGAGGCUCAACGAUCACCCGCGACCCAAGAUGGCCGCCAGCAGGAUUCAGCUUGAGGUGAAGAAAACAUGCCGCAGUCCGACUCGGGGCUCUGCUGCGCCCGAGCAGGCAAGUCCCGAUAAAAGGAGGCAGCGGUUGCGAUGCGGCGAAACAGCAGACGUGAUCGGACCGUCCGCGGGCGGCACCCCCCGGCGGAGGGGGCGGGGCCCGGCUCGCCGGCACACGCCGGACUCGGGAGAGGGCGCGCCGGAGCCGCCGAUCGACGUGCGCGCGCGGACGAGACGUCGCCAUGACAACAAUGACGACGCGGCGCCCGCGACGUCGCCAUCACACAGAAGGACGGCGCGCACCGCCGCCGCGGAACGAUCGUCGGAUGACGAGCGCGUCUGUCGCCGUGACGACGCCUCAUGCGUGAGCCCCCCGCAACACGACGCCGACGAGCCCGCCGUCCGCGACACGCCCGUUUCUAGUGACACGUCCGACAUCGACCGCACAAACCUCACGCGUGACAUACCGUGCGUCCGAGACACAUCCAUUUCCGGCGUCACGCCCGACAGGGAAGACACAAGCCUUCGACGAGACACGCCCAACUCCAGGGUCGCGCCCCCCAUCAAAGACGCGGCCCACGCUCAGAACCGGGACACGCCCAACUCCAGUGAUAACGCCCGCAUUCGGGACACGCCCAUUUCUGAUGUCGCGCCCGGAAUCGAACCUUCAACGAGACACGCCCAUUUCCAAUGACAUCUGACAUUCAAGACAUGCCCUUCACUUCUGACACGCCCCUUUCCGGUGACACCCCCAUCCAAGCGACGCCGGUUUCCAGGUGUUUUCUUCUUCUUCUCCUCCUUCUUGCGCUCCUGUUUCCUUGCUAACGUCCCGGUGCCUUAUUUGAUGGACACCUCAGUAAUAAUGUCUCAAUGUCGACUUUUGACCAAGGUGAAAGCAGAGGUGGCAAAAGUACUCCCGCUCGGUACUUAACGGAAAAGUACUGAUAUUUGUGUAAAAAAAAAAAAAAAAAAAAAAUGUCUCCGUCCUGAUUGCAGACUGAAAUGUACUUAAGUACAAAAGUAAAAAUGAAUUUUUGCUUUCAGUUACCAACACUAACAAUUUUUGUAACUUGUCAAGAUCUCUCCAUUCAAAUGAAUUUCCCUCUUUUAUUAACUUUUAUCUGUACAAAAUGCUCAGACUGAAAAUAAAAAUCGCCUUCCACGUA